GAGCUUGAUAACUGACGUCCACCGCAUUAUCGGGCGUUAUUUGCCAGGUUGUCACCUGUCGUUAGGGCGCCGGGGGACAUCGGAUCCGACGGCUAUGAUAGGUUGGGGUGAGACUCUUCGCCCAUCCCAAGAAAUCGCAUGAGUAGCCAACAGCAGCGAUCAGCUGUACGUGGCUACCUCCUCGUUCUCAAGCCCUCGUGAACCUCGCCAUAUCGACACAGACUCGACUGCACUACACGCGCUACACGUCGAGGCAGCUACACAACCACCAUGGUCGGUUCUACGAUAGUCUCGGCUCCAGGCAAGGUCCUGAUCACAGGCGGAUAUCUGGUACUGGACCCUGCAUACGAAGGCACGGUUAUCGCGACAUCGUCUCGUUUCUUCACCGUCAUCACGCCAUCCUCCUCGGUUCCAAGAGAUACGAUACGUGUUCGGUCUUCCCAAUUUCUGGAAGCCGAGUGGAAUUAUAACCUCGACAGCGGAAGCGAUGGUCUCCUCGGGGUGACGCCAUCACCUGCGAACAGGACCAACAACAAGUUUGUCGAGAUUGCCCUUCGAGAAACUCUCAAGGUGAUCCAAGCGAUCAUCUCUGUGGACGCUCUGACUGCCACCUUGAAAGACGAGCGCAGCGAAAGAUGCGGCCUGAAAGUUGAAAUAGUCGGGGACAACGAUUUCUACUCUCAGCGUCGGGUGCUCGAUUCUCUUUCUCUACCACCGAACAAAGAAUCUCUGGACAGGCUUCCUCGCUUCAACCACCUGAAUACUCCGAUCGGAGACGUUCACAAGACCGGAUUAGGUUCUUCAGCUGCGUUGAUCACGUCUCUGGUCGCCGCCCUUCUACUACAUUUCUCUGUUAUCCCCGCGUCAUCACUUGGGGGAAACCGGUCACAUGACACAGCGGUGGACAAUUCCCGGCAGGACCUCGACUUUAUCCACAACACUUCACAGUACAUACACUGUCUCGCUCAGGGCAAAGUCGGCUCCGGCUUUGACAUUUCAUCGGCUGUUUACGGAUCCCAGGUGUACAAGCGGUUCGACGAGUCCGUCCUCCGGUCGUUGAUGGAUGACUCCGCCCGUCCUGUACCGAGCGAGCUACUGGCAACCUUGCGCCCGAACGCGGCUUGGACAUGUCAGACCACGCCAAUCGUUUUGCCCCCGAGGAUACAGCUGCUUCUCGCUGAUGUUGACGCCGGUAGCGACACUCCAAGCCUCGUCGGCAAGGUGCUGAAAUGGCGGACCUCGAGCCCAGAUCAAGCACGAGAGAUUUGGACACGACUGCACGACGAUAAUCGCCGAGUAGCUUCGUUGCUUGGCCGACUGGGAGACUUGGCAAGGGAUGAUCCUGAUGGUUAUUCUGCCAGUCUCGAAGGUUUCGCCACAGCCCAGUCGAACACGCCAGGGGAAACCCAAUGCUCUCAAGUAUUGCAAGAUUUAAAGGCGGCGAUGACGGCUGUUCGACGAGGUAUGAAGACUAUGGGGGAAUCCGCAAGCGUACCUAUAGAGCCCGACGAGCAGACCGAGCUUCUGGACGCCUGCUGCGCGAUCCCUGGAGUCAUCGGAGGCGGAGUUCCGGGAGCCGGCGGAUAUGAUGCGAUCUAUGUCUUGGUCGUGGAUACGCCGGUUGGUAUCCCGGCGGACGGCCCCUCCACCGCAGAACAGGUUCGCUUGCUGUGGUCGAAUUGGAAAUCCCUCUCCGUCUCACCUCUCCAGAGCAGAGCCGAAGGAGGAGGACUCCGUUACUAUGACAGCGUCGCGCAAGUUCGGGGCCUAGAACGUAGCCUGUAGACGGUAUGGCAUGCUUCACGUCAAUUAUAAUUCUUAAGUACAAACAUGGAUACAUA